UUAUUGCGUAAUACUGAAGCUUAAAACCUCACUGACACGUGCAAAAAAACAAGUGUGCAUUCUUGUUAGACAAAGCUUUUGAAGUGACAGACAAUGUUUUACAUCAGGAUAUUAAUUCAGCUUUCUGUGUCAGCUGCUGUGUCUUCAUGGUCAGUUUCAUACAGUCCUAAAUCCAUAUGUGCAUUUGAAAACUCAUCUGUGGAUUUCAGCUGCACUUUUGAUUAUCCAUAUUGGCACAAGGUUGAAGUUUCAAAAUGGUUUAAGCCGAGAAAAGAUCAAAAACAAGACGGAUCACAGCAGGGAAUGUUUGUCUAUCACACCGAUGCUGCAAAGAUCCACGAGCGUUACAUAAACAGAACAACGUAUGCAAACCAAGACAAAAACUGCAGCUUAAAGUUACACAAUGUCUCCAGAAAAGACAUCGGAAAAUACUUCUUUCAUGUUGAAACAGACCAUUACUGGGGGAAAUACACCGGACCAGGUGGCAUUGAUCUCAGUGUAGCAGUUCUACCUUUUAGAGUAACAGUGAAUACACAAAAUACAAAGAGAGAAAUUAAUGAAGGAGACUCUGUGACGCUGACAUGCAAUACAGAAAACUGCACUCCAACACAAGAGGCGUUCAUCUGGUUUAAAAAUGGACUUCUGCUACCAAAGGCAACCAAACAAACGCUACGAUUCUCAUCCGUCUCUCGUGAGGAUUUUGGCAACUACUCCUGCGGUCUGAAGAACAGUAACACAACCUCAACAACUGAAACAUUGCUUGAUGUCAGAUCAAAUAGUGAUCUCCAUUUUUUACAUUUUUGUUUGGCAUUGCCGUGACGCUGAUCAACUUCUGUCUCAUGAAAAGGUGAGUAUAUUCGUGGAUGUGGUGAUUUGAGGAAGCUAUGUGUUAAUGGAUGAAAUACUGAAAGAACACAACAUUGGUUUGUUCCUGCAUCUGAGCUUCUUAUGUAAGUUUGUACUUUCAUUUAAAUGAAACACAUUACAUAAGCCCCUAAGAUUGCAUCUCAUGUCGACAUUAAACAUCUUACGUUUUGCACUGAUUCAAAGUUGAAUAUUUUCUUCUAUUUGCCAAUUAUGAGGAUCAUAAACACGCAUUUUAAAUCUAUUGUGCUUGUUUAAAAUUAACAGUAACUCUUUACAAUUCAUCAAUAACAUUAUUCAAUGCAAAUACAGCUUGAAUGUGAAAUAGCAAUAAGUAAUACUUUUGCAGCAUUUAUUAAUAUGGGUAUUACUAAUAUAAUUUUUACCUUUGAGUUACCUUAUUAUUUAACAACUAUGGCUAUAUAACAUAACAACAUAACAUUAUUAUAUAUAGUAGAAGAACACAAAUGAAAUAUUCAUAAAUGAACAUAAACCCAGAUUAAUUUUCAUUUUAUGCUGUAAAAAUGUCAUGACAUCUAAUGCAUUGUUUAAUUUUUUUAAGAUUAGCUAAUGUAAAUUGUUUAUAAUGAAUUUUCCUUUAACAAUUAGAAACAUUUAGGCUUUGCAUUGCACUGUGAAAAGGUAAUUUAACAUUUGCUUCUUAUUUUCUAGCAUGCUGUGAAGAACAAAGUCAUUGAUGUAUAUGAUUGGGUUUGAUAUUCGCUCUAUAGUGGUCCUGCACUUCUGCUAUUACAGUGAAAGCAAAUAAACACAUCUGCAAUGUAAAACAAUCUUGAUUCAUUCUGUGUUUACAGCUGGUAUUUACAUGAACAGUUUGUUAUAAGCCUAAAAUAGUGAUUCUCAUUUGGUGGGUUGUGAACCAAAAAUGUCUUGCAGUGAAAAUGUAAUCUGUUUGCAAAUAAUCCAAAAUAAUAAUAACUCUCUGAAACUGAUAACACAGCCUUAUCCAGGUACUGCUGUUUAUCUUA